AUGUCUUCAACGCAUUCGAGUGCAAAAUCUCAUGAAAACCUCUUGAGCCCUCGCCCUAAAUAUCGGACAGAAACGGUGCCGGCUGAGGUGGGUUUCCACUUCAACAGGGCGACUGCACAAACGCGCAUCAAACCUCUGGAAUCUCAAAAUCGGUUUCCAACGUACGGGACAGAAAAUGCGAUUGGAGAAUCAGACACUCUAACGUCUGUGCAGACAGAAAGGCAACUACUCAAGAACAUGAUUGUUCUAGGCUUGGGUUUUGUCUUUACCUUUAGCGCCCUUGCAGCCUUGCAGAGUUUGCAAAGUUCACUGUUUCUGGAAACCGUCCUGGGACUGCACUCCUUGACCGUUCUGUACAGUCUGGCUGCCUUCUCUUGCCUCUACGGUCCUAUUUUUGUGCAAAAACUCACACCGAAUUGGACAGUUGUGCUGUCUUUCGUCUUGAUCGCCCUUUACAUAUCCACUUUUUUCUAUCCCAAGCCGUACACUUUAUUCCCCAGUGCCAUACUCCUUGGACUGACGUUUGGUCCAUUGUUCUGUGCCCAAACUACUUUCUUGAUGCAACUGGUAUCCCGGAUGGCUUAUCUCACUGAUGGUAUCAGAGAUAAAGUUCAGCAGCGAUAUCUUCGACUGUUUUACUUUUUCUACAAUUCUAGUCGCAUUUGGGGGCAUCUAGCAACAGCCCUGUUGCUAAGAUAUGGUGGCGAUGUGUAUGUCUUCUCCACUAGGCCACAAUAUCCUCGAUUCCAUUCCAAUAACCCGCACUUCCCGAUGCUCGAUUUACGAAUGUCUCCAUCUCUAUACGCCACGGUUGCAAGGCCGAGCUUAUGCACCUUAGACCACCUAACAGAUGAUCACAUCUUCCGGAAUCCUGCCUCGUACAUGUUCUCCGUGCCAUCUAACUUGUAUCUGAUGCUAAUAUCCGUAUAUUUAGGCUUGGCGUUUCUUGGACUGGCUACAGUAACGACACUAUUGGACAAGUUUGAUCUUUACGUGUCUCAAGAUCCUCUGGAACGACCUCCUAUUCUUCUCAGCUUCAGAAAAGUGGUGCUUUCGAUGGUGGAUCCUCAACUGAGACUAAUGAUUCCAAUGAUCGUAUUCAUCGGAUUUGAGCAAGGUUACUUGAUAGCUGAUUUUACCAGAUCGUACGUGAGCUGCGCGCUGGGCCUGGAAGCGGUGGGCUACACGCUCCUGUGCGCGGGCGCCACCACCACACUGGGCGCCGUGGCGGCUCACCACUUCAUGAAGCACAUUCGGCGCUUGACCCUGCUCCUAGCCGCUGCCCUGUGCCACGCGGGGCUACUCAUGGUACUGUGGCUCUGGACGCCCGUCAGGGACGACGUCGCCGUCUUCUACGUCAUUGCCGCCGGAUGGGGACUCUGCAACGCCGUCUUCGAGACUCUCACCACAACUCAUCUGGCUUCUGCAUUCGCCUACGACUGGCAAGCCCCCUUUGCGGUCUAUCACCUGGCCCAGUGCGUCGGAUUAGCCUUUGCUUUCGGGAUUAGCCCCGUGUUUGUCACAGAUGUCAAAGUAUACCUAAUGGCCGGCAUGCUGAUCUUAUCUCUCUGUCCAUACGUCGUCAUGGAGACGAGACUAAAAAGACACCAGAAGAGCCAAGACCGUACAACCGAGCUGUGAUCAUGUCUGCAGUUUCUAUAAAAGCAUUAGCUUUAGA